GGGCCUUGUCGGAAUGCGCGAGGGGGAGAGAAAUCGGAGCCAGGUGCAAAGAUGCGGCGAGGUGCUACCGGCGCGAUCGCUGAUGCUUUGCUGCACGUCACGAGAUAUGUAUUGCACAUGUAGCGACGGCACACGCACGCGGCUGGUUGCAGGGCGACCGACUACGAGGACGAGCGGAAAAUGCGACUCGGAGGAAAGACGAGGAGCGCGAUACGACGGCGCGCCUCAAGAUGGCCGUUCAGCCGCUUAUCAACCGAGUCUGAAGCGCGCGCAAUGCAUUGCCGGCGAGUCGGCGUCCUCUGGCGACCGCCAAACCGAAGACUCGCAGCGAGAUUCGGAGUAG